UCACUGAGGUUUUUACAAUAGCUAUCAGACACUCUGCUAGAAGUAUCUCUGUGGAUAACUGUUAGACCUCCAGCAUGACGGCUUCUGUCUGUUUUUUCAUCUGCGCUGCAGUUGUGAGAGCAACUGCAGGGGAUGAAUUGGAGACAGUGGAAGUAAAAGAGGGAGCCACUGUAACUCUGAGAACUGACUGGCCUGGUGAGAGGGAUGCUGAUAUAGUUUGGAUGUUUGGAACUACAAAUACUGGCAUAGCACUGAAAGAUUCCUGGAGCUCUUCCACUCAUUAUGAUGAAAGAUUCAGAGACAGACUGCAGCUGGACACAAAGACUGGAUCUCUGACCAUCAGGAACAUCAGCACCACACAUUCUGGAGAUUAUAAAGUACAGAUCUAUCUUUAUACGGUCAUUUUUAACAAGCAUUUCAAUCUCACUGUUUAUGCAUAUCAGUCAAUGCAGUCUCAACGUAUCCACAUCAACAGAGAGAAAGAGUCAACUUCAAAUCUCUGCACAGUGAUUUGUUCAGUUACAAAUGGCCCGAAGGUCAAUCUGUCAUGGAUUAGAAACAGAGAUACACUGAAACAGAGCAGUAAUCCUGACCUCAGUGUCCCUCUCUGCCUCCAUCUGGAGAUAAACCUUCAGGAAAAUCACAUCUACAGCUGUGUAGCCGCCAACCCAAUCAGCAAUCAGUCAACCCAACUCAACAUCAUGCAGUUCUGUCCACAAAUUGAAAAUACAGGGAGUCCUAGGCAGCUUUGUUUCCUCCUGUGCUCUGUGGAGAAUGGGAAGAAUGUGAGUUUCUCCUGGUAUGAAGAGAAAGAGGGAAUCUCCAGCAUCAGUAGCUCAGAUUCCAGUGAACGUCUUUAUCUUCCUCUCAGUAUAAACCUAACAUUACGAAUACUGACACACUUAUACAUUCAGGAGAUUUCUCUUCUAAACUCUCUCUCUCUCUUUCUCUCUGCCUCAGUCCCGUCCCGUGGUCAGUAUCAUCAUUCAGUUGAGUUUGUGGUCAGAUUGGGGCUCUCCGCUGCGGUGAUCCUGGCCACCAUCUCCAUCCUGCUUUAUCACUUCACUUCCAGAACAGUUUAAACUGAAGGACUGAAUAGAUGGUGUCAGCACUAACAAACUGCUGAUGUUCUCUCUUCUCACACAUUAUAAGUACAGUUUUUUUUUAA